CUCUCUCUCUCUCUCUCUCUCUCCUUUCUAAACCUUUUUUUCUUUUGUGUGUGUUGAAAUGGGAAGCAGCGAUGGACAUCGAGUUUAUCUUGGAAAUCUCCCAGUAGAUAUUUCAAAAUCAGAGAUAGAGUCUUUAUUUAAAAACUAUAACCCUGUUGAAGUUACUCUUAAAGAGAGAUUUGGAUUUAUAGAAUUUGAGAAAAGAAUAGAUGCAGAAGAUGCCAUUCACGACUUUAAUGGUAAAAAAGUAUCAGGCAGCAGAAUUGUUGUAGAGAGAGCCCUUGGUCAUCGUCGACGCGAAAACCGUAGCAGAGAGGAACGUAACAACCGUGUUGUCAUCAAAAAUCUUCCACCCAAGACAACUUGGCAGGAAGUCAAAGAUUUUAUGCGUAAAGCUGGACGCGUCACGUUUGCAGAUGUAUUGAAGGAUUGUGAUGGAGAAGGCGUGGUUGAAUUUGCUCGCAGAGACGAUAUGAAGUACGCAUUAAAGGAAUUGAAUGGCGCCAAAUUAAAUGGUUACCGCCUUAAAUUGGAAGAAGCUUCGAGUAGAAGAAGAAGAUCCUCUCGCAGCCGCUAUUACAGUCGUAGCCGAUCUCCUCGUCGCAGUCGAAGCCGCACUCGUAGUCGUAGUGAAUCUCGUAGCCGAUCCCCUCGUCGUAGCAGAUCCUUUGACCGUAGCCGAUCCUCUCGUCGUGAUGAUAGCGCCUCUCGUUCUCGCUCACCUGAACAUAGAAAAAGCAGAUCACCUGAAGAUUUGAAAGUUUACAACGGAGAAGAAACUGAAAUGAACCCAAACCCUGUUCUCGGCGAUGAAGAAGAAGCCCCAGCUAUGGAUCAAGCCGAGUAACUUUUUUCGAUGUGGUAUGUUUAACAAAGUUGUGGAAAUGAUAAAAGAACAAAGAAAUAAAGAACGUGUCUUUGAUCCCAGUUUGUUGUUCUG